AUGGAUGUCCUUCUUGAGAAGUUGAGUUCGCGUCGAUCUACCACAUACCUACAUGGCUUGAUACAGUUCGUGAGUCCUAAUGACUGUCACUACGGUGCUACGCAGCUUUUGAAGUCUGUGGUGGCGAGGGAGAAGAACCCUCCUUUUGGGCUAGGGGUUCUCACUCAAUUCCAGGAGGGCAAGGAGGUUCUGGCGUUUCUGCCGACAUUUUCUAAAGACGGUUAUGAUGCGAAUUUGCAGUUUUUCGUGAAUAGCAUGCAGGCAGGCGCGCCGUGGGAACGGAGCUCGCAGUGGUUGAAUAUGACCACACAAGGGGGACUGGUUGUUCAGCUGAAUUCUGAAUCGACCAACUCGUUGACCGCCUUGAAACGUGUCGACUUACCGCUUAACAAUGUCUCGGCGGAGUCCGUAGGAGGUGCCGGUAACAACGUCGCUGGAGCUUCCACUAUAGUGGACUUUGGAGGCUUCCCAUCUCCCUCAGCUAUGCCUGGCAAUGUGGCUGCGGUCUCGACGUUUGCCACACUACGAUGCCAGUAUGAGAGCGCUGUUUCUUCUUUGCUUGACUGCAGUUUCAGCUACACAACCGAUUCGGAGCCGCUGAGCAGAGUGGCGCAGUUCUCUCGAAGUGCUUGUUCUGAUAUGAUCGGGAACAAUGUGUGGUCGCAUAUGGAACACUCUGAGGAUCUCAGUAUGGGCUACCCUGAAAUUUCAGAGGCUAGUUCGGGAUAUUAUGAUGACUACUGUUUGAAGGAGUUCGAAGAUGGACGGCUCGUUUGGUCGAUGUCAAUGCUGCCGUUGGAAUGUCGGAACACCGAUCUCAAAGGGCAGGGCCAGGCGGCGUAUAUGGUGUUGCGAGGAGUUCCUAAUGUGGCUUGGUAUCUGUAUGGUACAUAUCCUUCUGCUGGUGACUGUAACUCUAAUACGGACUGGGAUGGGAGCAUAUUUCAGCAAGUGCAACAGGAUUGCAAUUCGAGAGAAGGAAGUUGGGUAUGUGUAGCACCGGGCGCUUGCACAAUUGAAGUAAAACCGACACCACGCACUGACUUCACCUGGGUGGCCUAUGUCGUUGUCAUCAUAGUGGUGGCGAUCAUAGCUGCGUCUCUGCUCAUUCGAGCAGUGUGUUCUCGAGACGGUCUCACUUCAGCUGGCGCUGUAUUAGAUGCCAAGUCCUCGGGAGGUGUGGUGACACUGUCUGGAGGUUCCAGCACUGAUUCUGUCAGUCAAGCUCGACUACGAAGGGAAACCCAAAGGCAAUCGAAUCCUGACAUGCAUUUCGACAUGCCAGCGGAGAAGGUAGCGAAAGUCGUGGCAGCUGCUAAGGCUAGGGUGCACGGCAAUGAUAGUUGUCGAAGCUUUGAUGCUAAUGAGAGUCCACUGAGCGAAGGCUCUGGCUUCAUGAGCACGCCAGUUUCUCGGCAUAACUCAUCCGUUUUGGGAGAAGAGUCUUCUGAGACUCUCAAGCAACGAUACGUCCGCCAGAAAUUCACAAAUCCUCGUAGUGUGCCCAGGGGCGCACUUGACCCAUCACGACGGGUGGUGGUAAGGCGACGAUAACUGUUUGCGGAAGAUUUCACUGUUUAGUGCAUGCAUGAACGACUUCCUCCAUUCUUGGGUAUCUGGGUGUGCGUAUCCUAUUCAUAACAUAAUCUUCGCUGCGCGUAAUUUCCUUCAACGUUACUCUCUUACGUAUUGGUGC